CUCCUUAGCAACGCCGCGCGCCGCCCGCUAAGCCCGUCCACGCAGUUUCUAGGCUAAGCUUUUGUCUAUGGAAGCGACACACUCACAGAUGCAGGUGAUGCCAUCAGAUUAACAUGGAAACAGUGAAAAAUACACGAGUGCCACCACCUACAUGGAUUGACCACAAAUUCAUAGAAUUUGCCAUCAGUAAUAAAGAAAAGGUGAAACUUACUGUAGAAAACAUGAACAUUCAACACGCAAAUGCAGAAGGAAUUGGCUAUGGAAGCUUGAUGUACAGAAUUACCGCAUUCGCAAAGUAUGAAAAUAGUGAGAAAGAAAGGAAAAUAUCGAUAAUCGUGAAAACGGCCCUUGAAACUGGAGCAAUGAAGGACGUGUUUGAAAGUUGUCAGGCAUUCAGGAUUGAGUCCCAGGCGCUGCACGAGGUGAUGCCGAAGAUCCACGACAAACUGGCAGAACUGGAAGGCGACGAGUUCCAGCCGCUGGCAGCGCACUGCUACCACUGUGGCCAGAAGCCGUCGGACUUCCUGGUGCUGGAGGACCUGGCAGCAGCUGGGUUCAGGAUGGCCGAGGCAGGCCGUCCCCUGGACUACGGGCACUGUGCGGCCGUGCUGCGGGCAUACGCCAGGCUGCACGCCGCUUCCGCGUUUCUGCUCACCGGACAGCCACAUUACAACAACACUUUCUGUAACAACAUGUUUACCAACCAAACCGCCCAGAAGCAUUUCAGAUCGCUGGCUUCUAACGUAAUGUGCGCCCUAGCGAAUGAGUUGGAAAAGUGCCCUGGCUAUGAGGGAUACUCCCAGAAGUAUAGGGGGUUUAUUGAACGACGACUCGAUACUGCAUAUAGAAUGCUCGAGGAGAACAAAAACCAAACAAAGUUACCUGUACUGACCCAUGGCGACUGCUGGAAGAACAAUAUGAUGUUUAAGUAUCUGGACGGAGAAGUAACAGAGGUCCGACUUCUCGAUUUUCAGGCAGCAAACGUGACCAGCCCGGCUACGGACCUGCAGUAUUUCCUGUACUCGAACGCCAGUGAGGAGGUCCACCGCCACCGUUUGGGCGACCUGUUGCGCCUCUACCACGACACGUUGGUGGGCCUGUUGCGUCGUCUGGGCAUGGAGCAGGCCGCGCACGCGUACACCGUGGAGGAACUCCAGCGGGACAUGGACCGCUGUUUGGCUGCAGCCGUUGUCUUCAGCGCCAUGAGUGGCUUCGUUCUGACUUCGGAGAAGUACGGCGCAGAAUACGCACGGGCUUUCAACGACGUAGAAAAUUCAGAGCAGGCUCUCGCGAAGACCUUUGAUAAUCCAUACUCUUUGUCGUAUAUGAAAUACCUCUCACCUAUUUUCGACAGUAAGGGAAUUUUGUAUUUAGUUCCAAGACAAGCCAACAACAUGGAAUUAUCAACUGAUACGCGAGUUCCACCGCCAUCAUGGAUAAAUCAUGGUUUCAUAGAAUCUACUUUGAAGACUGCAGAACGAAAGAAAAUUACCGUCGAUUCCAUCAACGUCCAGUACGCAAAUCCUGAAGGAGUUGGCUUUGGAAGCUUGAUGUUCAGACUCACUGCCAAUCUGAGAUAUGAAGGCAGUGAGCAGACAGAGAAGAAAACCAUGAUAGUGAAAACGGUUCUUGAGUCUGGUGAACUGGUCAAGGAUCUCAUAGAAAAAUGUGAUGUGUUCAAGAUCGAGGGAGAGAUGCUGCACAGUGUGAUGCCGCAAGUCCACGAGCAGUUGGCAGCACUGGAGAAUGAGGAGUUCCGGCCGAUAGCGGCCAAGUGCUACCAAUAUGGCCGACAGCCCUCGCCCUUCUUAGUGCUGGAGGACCUGUCAGCAGCUGGAUUCAGGCUGGCUCAGGCUGGCCAACCAUUGGACCUCGAACACUGUGAAGUCGCACUGCGGGCGUAUGCACGGCUGCAUGCCGCCUCAGCGUACGUACUCUGCAAACAGCCCCACUACAAGGACACGUUCAGUUUCCACACAUUCACAGACAAAAGCGCUCGACAGUUUGUAGGAACUGUGGCCAAGAAGAUUUUGAUAGGACUAGCUAAUGAGUUUGACAAAUGUCCUGGUUAUGAGAAAUAUUCAGAAAAAUACAGGGCUUUUGCUGACCGCUUCCUCGAUUUAUCAUGUGAAAGAAUGGAGCAAAUCAAGAGGCAAACAAAGCUUCCGGUAUUGACCCAUGGUGACUGCUGGAAGAACAACAUGAUGUUUAAAUACACGAAUGGAGUAGUAUCAGAAGUCCGUCUAGUUGAUUUUCAGGGUGUAUCAGCAACCAGCCCGGCCUCGGACCUGCUGUACUUCCUGUACGGGAACGCCAGCGAAGACGUCCACCGGCAUCACAUGGAGGACCUGCUGCGCGAGUACCACAGCACGCUGGUGGGCCUGCUGCGGCGUCUGGGACUGGAACAGCAGGCAGAGGCUUACACCUUCGAGGAGCUGAAGAAGGAAAUGGACUACUGCUUAGCCAUCGGCGUUUAUUUCAGCAGCGGUAGUGGAUUUUUCCUCACUUCCGAGAAACAUGCCAAAGAAUAUGUAAAAGGACUCAACGAUCCAGAGAAGUUUGAUGAGGUUAUCGUUAAAUCAUUUAGGAAUCCGUACACAAUGCCAUAUAUAAAAUAUCUCACGUCAAUUUUUGAUAAGAAAGGAAUUUUAUGAUCGUAUUUAAUUUUUAAAUGCACAGGACCUAGUUUUCGGCUGAAAAACGGGUUGUAAGGACUAAUCGUCGAAUCGUCGACACUUGCAAAAGGCAAAUCUUAAAUUCAUGAGUGAUUAAUAGCUAUACACAACGUUUCGAUUGUAGUUGUAAUACCUUUCCGCUACUCUACCACACAAAGAAAUUUGAUUUUAUUCUCCGUGUAUAUUUACGGGACAGAACCUUUCCAGUAAUUCAUGUAUGACCUGUGUCUGCCAUUGUUCAUAUGAUAAUCGGACACUAGUAAAUAUUUUCAUUGCUUCUUGUUACAACGCAAUUAAGACCAAUAAACGAUUAGUAAUAGAAACAAUUAGAGUGGUUUGUAUUAACGAAACUAUUACAAAUGCUUGUGUCUUUUGUUCAGAAUUGAUGCGCGUUCACUUUUCAACACAUUACCAGUAGAAAUGAGUAUAUCAACAGGAAAAUUAAACUUCAUACAUGUAUGUGAGUUCAACUAGCAAAUGUUCAUAGUUUUUUGACGGAGAUUUACUGAGUAAUAUCGUGCUCAGAUGUCGGAACAUAAGAAGUAGCUAAGUUAUUUGUGUUGGGUAACAUUUUUAGCAUCACGCCAAAGGCAAUAUAUUAUCACAAAAUUUCUCCACAACGAGACAAUGGAGCUCGUAGGUCUCUGACGUCAAAGCACCCAAACAACACACCCCAGUAAAAGAUGCACGUUACUUUUUAAUUAGAUUUAACCUUAUUCUAAACUUCGGCACUACUCCAAAUACAGGGUAAACUAUUCGUAAUACUAGAUGGAAUUUGUAGAGUUAUUGUGCUUCUUAUCAGAAGCAAACAGUGUCCCUUUAUUGAUAAAUUCUACUGACUGCGGUUGCGUCUGUAAUUGUUAAGAGAAUACAAUGAGAUUGGAGCCAACGAUUGUAAAACACAUAACGGAAUUCGACUAAUCGUCUUAAGUACGACCGAUCAGGGAAUGAAUUACACUGAUGAUUUAAAAAGACAUUUCUCAAACAGGACAGAUAUUCUGGUCACAUAUCGCAGGAGGUGGAAAGGAGUGAUGAAAGCACUUGGCCCAUUAGAAUAGCGAACCAUAUUCCACGACAAAAGAUGUUCAUUAACACGAGUUUUACCCUCCUCGACUUAAGCAAUUAUUUAACAAGCAACAGUCACCUGAAAAUUAUGGUUCCUUAUGGUGGUUAAUUUCUUAAAUUUGCUUGGGAAUCCAGUUGUUCAUUUCAUUGUGUAAUGUAGCUAAUGUGCGCGGUCACUAAGUUCAGUUAUCAAGGGAUUUCGCAUGUAUAA